GUUUAGGGUUUUUGAUGUUUCUUGGUUUACCCCUUUUUGUAGAAACUAUUAUGCAAGUUUUCACAUUCAUGUAUCUUGUUAUAUAUAUGAUUUAUAUAUAUGUAUGUAUCUUCAUCUGUAUAUGUUUUGUAGGUUGAAGAAGACCCAACAGAUCAAAUCGAAGAGGGUUCCCUGAAAAAUUACUCAAAUGAACGAAGACAAAUCUUUUUCGAAUCUUUCAAUGUCAGAGAAAAGGAAGAGGCUUAUGGCGAUGGUGGAUACGAGGAAAAAUUCAAAGAGGAAAAGCCUUGAGAUGCCUUACAUGACUGAAAAGGGGGAAAAGACAAAUAGCAAGAAACCCAUCAAUGGAGGUACUAAAAUGAUGAAAUCAAACUCAAGCACAUUCAAAAAAAAGCUCCAAAAUAGCAGGCGGAAAGUGAAGAAGAAGAAGGUAUCUCAAGUAGGUGAUCAUAAUCAUGUUGCUGCAUCUCAUGCUUCAAAUGAGCGCAAGUUUAAUUCAUCUGAAAUCGAAGAAUAUUGGGUCCCAGUUCAUCUUUCUCAUACGCAAAUGGAACAAUAUUGUUCCUUGUUAAAUUCCAACUUUGAGUCACUUUCAUCGUCUUUAAGGGACAAUUCUUCACUCAGUGACAUUCUCACACAGACCCAAAAGUGCUGUGAUCACCCGUAUCUUGUGGACCCCACUUUACGUGAAUCGUUGAAAAAAAAUCUUCUCGUUGACCAAUUGGAUGCUGAAAUCAGCGUGAGUGGAAAACUACAACUUCUUGACAAGCUUUUGUUAAAGAUCAAAGAAUGUGGUUUGAGAGUAAUUGUUCUAUUUCAGUCAUUGGUUAGUUCCAAAACUAUAUCAAUCGGAGACAUUUUGGAUGAUCUUGUUGAUAAAAGAUUUGGUGAAGAUUCUUACAUACGUAUCCAUGGAAAGAUUCUUUACAACCACGAACGCGAAAAGAGAAAAAAAGAUUUGAAAUUGUUCAACAAUUUAGAAAAUGGAAAAUUUGUUUGUUUACUAGAUUAUCGCGCAUGUCAUCCCACCAUUAAGCUUUCAUCUAUAGAUGUGGUGAUACUUUUCAACAGUGAUUGGAACCCGUCAAAUGACAUAAAAGCCCUUCGAAAGCUCACCCUCGAUUCAAACCGGUUACGAGUUUUGAGGUUAUAUUCGUCAUUCACCAUUGAAGAAAAAGCGCUGAUUCUUUCAAAGAAAGGUUCGAUUUAUGACCACAAUUCGGCUGGUAUUAAUUACAAUAAUUGCCACCGGUUGUUAGCAUGGGGUGCAUCUUAUUUGUUAAAAAAGCUCUCUGAAGAUCCAAAGUCAAAGUCAAAAUCAGAAAACAUUUGUUUCAUGGAUGAUUUGGUUGAUGAGUUGUCAUCUCUAUUGAACAAGAAUGGGGAUAUUGAAUGUUUAAAAGACUCGAUGAUAUCAAAAGCACAGAUUCACAAAGGAGUUUAUUCUAAAAAUAUGUUAUUGUUGGGUGAAAGUGAAGCACACACGAAGGAAACUUGUUCAUACUUGAUUGAAAAUGGAGCACUUUUGUUUUGGACGAAUUUGUUAAAAGAAACUCCAUGGGAGAAUUCAUGUAGCAGAUUAUCUCGAAGGGCACAAAAGUCAUUUCGACAUGAACCUGAAAACGAAAGUGAUAUGGAAAAUUUUCAGAUCAAAACAACAAUUACUCCCCCUUCUGUGAGAACAAGGGUGAGAAGUAAAAGAAGAGUGUGUACUCAAGGCGAGCAAAGUACAAGUUCUGCUGCAGAAUGUACAAACAAUCAACCUCAACAACCACAAAAUCCGCCUGUAAUCCCAUCGGUUUCUGAUCAAUCUUGUAACGAUGCCCCAUUAGAAACGGAAUUAGAAAACAUCAAGAAAGAGCGAGAAAAAAUCACGAAAUUACAUGAAGAAAAGAAAUCGAUGCUAAUUUCUGAAUGUGAAAAGGAGAUUAUAGAGAUACGGAAGAAGUACGAUGGAUUAAUUGAUGAAUCUGAGAUGUGUUUAACGAAGAAAAUGAAUGUUCUUGAACAAUAUUAUGAUCUUGUGUAUGCGAAUAAAGUAUUGGCUGACACUUUGACACGUACAUGUGAUGAUACUUUUGAUGAAGAGAAAAGUGAUAAAGAAAUUGGUGUGAUGAGAGUUCUUGAAAUCCCUGCAUCGACACUUGUACAAUCAGUGAACCGAUGUACAAGUACAACCAGCGUUCCAACUUUACGUGCUCCAGCUCCUCAUUUAAGGUCAAGUUCUUCAUUGUUUCCAUCAUUGCCCACUUUGUCAACUCCCCAAACACAAACAGAAUUGAACAAUGUGGAUUAUCAAGUAAACAAUGAAAAGCUUCCUGUGUUUCAAUCUUCAAACUUAUGGCCUGAGUUGCUUGUGGAAUUUGACACUUUAUAUGAUAUGGGUUUUCCAAGUUUGCCAUUUUUGGAUUCAAAUUAA